ACACAAAGGGCACAUCGCUGCUAUUCUAAACACCUUUUUACUUUUGCGCGCGCGAUAAGAACAAACUAUUGAUUUGAGAUUUCUUCUGUGGAAUUGUUACUCGCCUCGACCUGUAUUUCUGUUCGCCGUAUUUUGCAUUUCCUGCACCCGGCACUUACUGGAAAACCAUGGACGGAUUUACGGUUCCCAUCGUACAGGGAUGGUUUCACCAAAACAGCAUCGUUUCCACGCCGGACAACGGAGUACUGUACUGUGGAAGGUUUGAAAUGUGCUAUGUACCCCCGAUUGAUUCGACCGAUGAGCUGCCGAAAGUGAAAAUCAUUGGUAACGAGACCGCGAUAAAAUGUUUCGCUUGUGCUCCGGAUUGGUCCGAGAAACGCACCUAUGCCAUCAUGGACGCAAAGAACCGAGUUGUGGUAUGGGAUCUUGAUUCGGCGACCCCUAUCCAGGGUCAUCGAGCCCAUCCUGGACCACCGAAAGAGCUCACCAAACCGCAGCAGAAAGAUAUCACAUCCGCUCUCUGCUUCUCCACGAACAAUCAGCUGCUGUCGUGUGAUCGCGGAUCGCUUGUGAUAUACUGUUUGCUGCUAAAUCGCUUCCAGGUGCAUUUAAACUUCUUCCGCCGGAAGGACGUCGUCGUUGCGCUGUCCCGCGUGCCGGGAAAAUUCGAUAUGUUUGUGGCUGGCAUGCGCGAUGGGUUGGUACAAAUAUUCUCCAUCAAAACUAUGUCGAAAGUGCAUUCCCUUCGAGCGCACGAUCGCGAGAUUGUAUCAAUUGAUCUGAUGAUGGUUAGUGUGGAAGGCCAGGACAGAAAGCCAACGGACAAAGCUGCAAAGGAGAGUAAACCCACAACGGCUGAAAAGGAACGCCCAAGAAAGCAGGCACGCAAGAAGCCGAUCCCCGAAGCGGAUUCAUCCGAUUUUCUCGAUAUUUACGAUUUCAACGACAAUCAAGAAGAAUUCGGCACAAUAAUUGAUCGAGAAUCGAAUGACUCGGCCCGGGAGAAGUUUCACGAGAAGACAAAGACGGUUGAAGGAUUUAACUUUCUGGAGGCCUGCCAGAAUCUCAAGGAGGACAUUAUGGAAGCGGCCGCUCGUCGGGAAGAUGACGAAGAUGACGACGAUGAACGAGUUUCUGGCGAAGAGUUAAAUACAGACGAUGAAAAUGAUCUGGAUGAUUGCGAAAAGUUAAGAGAUUAUGUUGUUGUCGAUAGUGACGAAGAAGAGUUGGGAGCAGAAGAUGCAGCAGAAGUAGAAGAGGAUGCCGUCGAGCGUAAGCUGAUCCUUGUCACCGGUAGCCGUGAGAAUGUCAUUUGGUUCUGGGAUUUUGAAACUGGGUUGCCCAUUGAUAAAGUGACCAUGCAGUGCGAUGGUUCGAAGCGUCUUUGCAACACGACAUUCAUCAAUGCAGUUUGGCUGGAUGAGUGCCACAUUGUUGCCAACAAUGCUGCUGGUCAAGUGUUUGAGAACAAAGUACAAUUUGUCCGCAAGCAGAACAAAUUGGGAAUGAUUUCAUCAGUGAGCCUAGCUCCGUAUCCGGUUGAGAAGAUUUUUCACGUCAUCCGAGGGAAUGCAGCCAGAUAUAUUUGGUGCUCAUCAAUCAACAGGAAGUUGUCCUGUGUUCACGUAGCAGAAGAUGGCAAACCGACAGUUGUUCGAGAGUACUCGUGCAUGAUUCCAACAAAUCGAUUCUUAGUGGAGCAUCCUCUUGAGCCAAUGGUUGUUGCCGUUGCCACAUCUGUUCCGAGAAUAGAGGUCAUCAAUCUCUUAACCAUGAAACCAGACAACGUUCAAUUAAGACACUUUACGAAUAAAAUCGGCGGUGUAGUGAUGACGUUGGCCUGGCAUCCGGAGCAAGAGGAAAAGCUUGCAUUUGCAACAAAUGAAGGACGUAUUGGGUUGUUUGAUACCAAGAACGCGAACAAUGUGCCGGUACUGUUGAAAUCGUUUACAAACAAAGACAUUUAUGCGAUUUCCUGGUGCUACUUAACGGACGAGAAGGGUCAGCGACGAAUGAUCUUGCUUGCAUGUGGGAAAUCCGAUCUGGCAUAUUACUAUGUUACGGGCCAGAGUAAGCAUGUGCCAAAUAUGUGCACACAAUUUAGGAAAGUGUCGCACGUGUCUGCAGCUGGCAACCUGUGUUUCGUGGGCACACAAGAAGGACACGUUUAUGUGGCUGAUCUGGACCAAAAUUUUAAACAGUUAUAUCACCGGAGCGUAGCACAACGGUAUAUCACUUCGUUAGAGUACAAAAACAAGCGCUUGGCUGUUGGCGAUGGCAAAGGUCAUAUAGUGUUGAUCAACUUUAAGGAAGGAUAUGAAGGAACCGAUGAAAACCACAUUACACCGUUGGAGGGCCAUGAUGGACCGAUCACCGGAAUCAGGUGGAGUCACGGGGAAAAGAUGCAUCUGGUUAGUACAUGUUACGAUGGAACUAUUCGCAUCUGGGAUGCAGAAUCUACAACGUGCCUAAAGAUUGUCACCACUGGAAAUAUUGUGAAUAGCGCAGUUUUUUCAUCGCUAGAUGAAAAUAUUAUUCUAUACGUUGGAGUUGGUCAUUCAUUGUCUUGCUUCGAUUAUACAAAAGCACAGCCUAACUGUAAGUCAGGUUCGAAACCCAAUAUUCAGUAUGCUAGCGCAAACCAGGUAGGGGAAGGGACCGACUCAUCAAAGGUUGAUACUGUGCCUGAAUCAGAUGACAAACCGAAUGUUAAAAAGCGUCACAAUUCCAAAGCGAAAAACACUGUUUCAACUGAUGCUAUUGACGAGCUAGUGGACAAAGUAGCACAAGUCGUGAUAAAUGGUCGGAAAGCUACAAACCCUGAAAAUACGCCAUUCACACUCACCCACCGUGAAGCGGGCCGAACGGACACUGUGCUAGAGUGCAUCGUGAAAUUACUGCACAGUGUAGAGACCGAACCAGACGAUUCAUCGGAAAAGGAAGCGGAGAGUGAAGAAAGCGAUCAAGAUGCGGACAGCAAUGAAUCCAGCACGAAUCACAACCAGGAUGAAUCCGGCACCAAAAAUGAAGCUCCGUCCGAAGAAGACGCUCAAUUUUAUAAUGAAAAACUUUUUUCAACCGAAGCCAAAUUGCAACAGCUUAUUCAGGAAGAAACCAAUCACGCACAGCAAGUACAGAAACCAUUGGAAAAUUUUGUGCUGCUACCACAACUACUGUAUAAGUUGAAAGACAAAAUUCUAGAAUGUAUAAGCAAGAAGAAAUUGACUGCCGAGCUGCUUGCCUUAACGCCAUAUGUUUCGCAUGUGUUCUGGCGUCAGUGCUGUAAAGCGUACGCUUAUCAGUUGAUAGAGACCAACAAAUCUAUGGCAUCUAUACCAUAUUUCUUAGCGAGUUUCGAGAUCGAUGAAUUGCUUGAAGUACUUUGCGAAAAGAAGCAUUUCCGAGAGGCAUGGGCCAUUUGUCGGUUGCAGACACUACCUGAUGAUCCGUGGCAUGAGAAAAUUGGGACCGCUUGGGCCAGUUAUCUCGAAUCCAAUGGUAAUCUGGAACCCGCUGCAUUGGUGUGGACCGGUAUUAAAAAAUACGAGGAAGCCUUACGAACUCUGUCUAAGCGCAAGGAACAGAGUAAAGAGAUCGUACAAACGGUCGACGCGUUGAAGGCAAAAAUUCAAGAUACAAAACCGAAAGCGGAACCAGAGACAAAGUGAAA